GGAGGCAAUAUGGCGGCGCCCAGUAGGCAUUCAUCCUUCUGGAACUAAGAAGGACGUAAUCGGUGUCGGGACUCGGCUCCUGAAAACAAAAUGUGGGGCUGGACGUUGAAAGAGGUUACCCGAGCUUUACAAGAAGGUCAAAUCAGUCCGACUGAGCUGUGCCAAAGAUGUCUGUCUCUAAUCAAGAAGACAGCCUUCCUGAAUGCCUAUGUUACUGUCCCUGAGGAGCUUGCCAUGCAACAGGCUAUAGCAGCAGAGCAAAGGUUGCAAAGAGGCGAAUCCACUGGUCCCUUAGAUGGGGUUCCAGUUGCUGUUAAGGAUAACUUCAGCACUGCUGGUAUUGAGACAACAUGUGCAUCAAAUAUGUUAAAAGGCUACAUUCCACCUUUUAACGCCACAGUUGUCCAGAGGUUACUGGAUCAAGGUGCUGUUCUUAUGGGAAAAACAAAUCUUGAUGAAUUUGCAAUGGGGAGUGGGAGUAUUGAUAGCAUAUUUGGACCAGUGCAAAAUCCUUGGGGAUAUUCCGAACAGUACAGAGAGCGACUUAUUCACGACCAAAAGCUGGAAGAUUCCAAUUGGGUGAUAGCAGGCGGUAGUUCUGGAGGUAGUGCAGUCGCAGUGGCUUCACAGACAUGUUUUGCUUCGUUAGGUUCAGACACCGGUGGCUCCACACGCAAUCCUGCAGCCCACUGUGGUAUUGUAGGUUUCAAGAGUUCCUAUGGUUUACUGUCUCGUCAUGGUCUCAUUCCAUUGGUCAACUCUAUGGAUGUUCCUGGCAUUAUGACCAGGUGUGUAGAUGAUGUAAGCACAGUACUAGGUACACUUGCUGGGCAUGAUCCAAAGGACUCAACCACAAUUCAGGAUCCCUUCGAACCCUUUGAGUUACCUGAUGAGAUAGAUGUAAGAAAUCUGUGUGUGGGGAUUCCAAAGGAGUAUCAUGCCCCAGGACUGUCCAGUGAAGCCCUGAAAACCUGGACAAAGGCUGCAGACCUGUUUGAAAAUGCAGGUGCCAGAGUUGUUGAAGUCUCCCUACCUCAUACCCAAUAUUCAAUUGUCUGCUAUCAUGUCCUGUGCACAACAGAGGUAGCGUCAAACAUGGCACGCUUCGAUGGACUAGAAUAUGGACACCGCAGUGAAAUCAAAAGUUCUACAGAAGCCUUGUAUGCAGCAACCAGGCAUGAAGGAUUUAAUGAUGCAGUCCGAGGAAGAAUCCUGGCGGGAAAUUACUUCCUUUUAAAACAGAAUUAUGAUCGCUUCUUUGUAAAAGCCCAGAAAGUGAGACGCCUGAUUGCCAAUGAUUUUCUGAAGGUAUUUGGAUCUGGUAUAGAUGUGCUUCUUACACCCACAACCCUAAGCGAUGCCUUCACGUAUCACGAGUUUGUCAAAGAAGACAACAGGACAAGGAGUGCUGAAGAGGAUAUUUUUACCCAAUCUGUAAACCUAGCAGGUUUGCCUGCUGUAACAGUCCCGACUGCCCUCUCAGAAAGAAGAUUACCACUAAGCGUUCAGUUUAUUGGACAGGCUUUUUGUGAUAAGCAGCUCCUGACAGUUGCCAAAUGGUUUGAACAACAAAUGAAUUUCCCACGUAUUGACAUUGAGGGACUGUUAAAUCACUGCACUGAGCAUGACAAACUUCACAAUUCAGUUGGAACUGUCUGAAAUUACUGAAAAUCAUGAUUGCCGUAAAAGUUUAAAUGUGUAAAAUUUGAAAUAAACUUUUUGUAGGAAAAAAUCAAUUUGUUUAAUUGUCAGAAAUACAAUAUAUGUUUAAUAUUGAGAGAUGGAAUGAGA